GGACGUGGAAGUUUCGCCAAACUCUGUGAGGAUGUUUGGUCGGCGCCUCUGGUUUUCCUGUCGAGCCGGAAGCCGGUCCUCAUGACCCCUGGUAGAGUUGUACAUCCGGGUCAGGGCAAGGACCAAGGAAGUGAGCGGCAGUUGUUGCCCCGGCUGAGGUGGACGUGCCAGGCCUAACCGCUCUCCUUUUCCUCCUUCUCGAUGUGUGACUCGCGGGAGCUUCGGAGACGAGCCGGCGGCUCCAACGGUCGCCGGCGCCAACGUUCGAAGCAGAAUUUGACACCGCUGACCAACCACUCGAUGGCUGGUAGCUUUUCGUCUAAAUCUGGCACAAAGAAAUUGCACCAGACAAUGUCAUCAUCAGAUGCAUCACCAGACUCUAAAUGCCCUAUAUGCCUAGAUAGAUUUGAAAAUAUAUCCUACCUUGAUCAGUGUUGGCACAAAUUCUGCUUCAGAUGCAUACAGGAAUGGUCUAAGAACAAAGCAGAAUGCCCUUUAUGCAAGCAACCGUUUCACUCAGUUGUGCAUAGUAUGAAAUCACAAAAUGACUAUAAGGUAUAUACAGUCAAGCCUGCAGAAACAGAUACCUUUGGCAACCCCGAUGGGAGGAGAUUCCGUUACCGAACUACUGUAACAAGGGAGCGUCGCACUUCGGCUUACCCUCGGAGGAAUCCCAACACUAGACGAACUGCCUCGCCUCCAGAUAAUGGAAUCCUAUUUGAAGGCCCGUUAAGCCAGUCAACGGGACAGAGAGACACAGAGAUAACUGAGACAAUCAGGAGACUUCGUUCCAGGCGACAGGCGAACUUGGAAGGCCGAUCCAUGCGUCAAAUUCAGGAGCAAGAAAUCAUCAACUUCCGUAGAGCUCUGUAUCGCUCUGGCACCCGUGUCCGAAGCAUCGAAGAUGGAGGGCGCUACCGAGACAUAUCCGCUGAAUUUUUCCGCAGGAAUCCUGCCUGCCUUCAUAGACUAGUUCCGUGGCUGAAGCGCGAGCUUACCGUCUUGUUUGGCGCUAAUGGAUCGCUUGUCACCGUUGUGCAGCACAUCAUAAUGAGCAACAUCACUCGGUACAACCUAGAAAGCACAGCAUUCACUGAUCAGAUAAAGUCCUUUUUACUUCAUCGGACAGAGCACUUUUUGCAUGAAUUUAUUAACUUUGCCAGGUGCCCUUAUAAUAUAGACGCAUUUGACGAACAUGCUAAUUAUGACUGUCCUGCACCAUCUUACGAGGAAGGAAGCCGAUCAGAAUCCUCUGUCAUUACCAUCUCUCCAGAUGAGACCGAUUCCCAGGAAGCUGAACGGAAUUCCUUUAUUGUCGGUACUGACCAGGCGCCUUGGGAUGAUGAGACCCCUGGUCCAUCUUACUCAAGCUCUGACCAGGUUUGUGCCACUGUGUCCACCACUUUGGAUACUUCAGAAACAUCUGAUGAAGACCCCUCCACCAACGCACCAGUAUUGCCAGCACAGUUACCACCUUCUGUGGAGAGGAACGAGGAUAGUUGUGAUUCCCUUGAAAACUGUGUUAUUGUUGGCUAUGUGAAGCCGCUGGCUGAAAGAACUCCUGAGCUUGUGGAGCUGUCUUCAGACUCUGAGGAAUCUGUUGUUGAUGGAGGAAAAUGUGAAGAAGUUCAGAAAAAAGUGAAACCCAUCCAGUAUCAGAGCUUUAGUGAUACAGAUGCCAGUGGGUAUGCAUCUCCCUUCUCUCUCGGGUCCAGAGAUGGUAGUGCCAGUCAUAAGGCGAAGGUGUCCUCCUCGAAUAAAAAACAAAAUUCCAAAAGGAGUGAAAAUGACAAAAAUAAAGCCAGUGGAAGUACUUGUUUACAAAAUUCACCUAGAGAGAGAGAGGAUGAUUAUGAUGACUGCUACGCUUUUACCAAAAGGAGGAAAUCCGAAGCCUACGCACCGCAAUUGGACCGAGAGCACCGUAGUUUCAAAAGUAAGAACAAGGAUCGUAGUCUGGAAAAACGGAAGAAGAAGAGGGAUAGCAGCAGACGCAAGCACAAAAAGGAUAAAAAGAAGUCCAAAACCCGAGACAAAAGCCUCUCUCGCAAAAGCAAAGUUCUGUCUCUGAGCGAUGAAAGCAUUUACUCUCGAGAACUGAGUCGAUCAAGAUCUCGUAGCAAUGAAUGCAGAAAAAGUUCAAGAAGGCAAGAUAGUGAUGAUUACUUCAGAGGCCAAUACCACAGCAAAUAUGAGAGGAAUGCCUCCCGAGAUUAUUAUGAAUUAUCUCAUAGCAGACGGAAUCAGUACUUCAGGCAUUCUCCUAGCCCAGACUAUGGAGUCCGCUCUUUUUACGAGCGAACCAAUAAUCAGAUGUCAAGAGGUCGCAGCACAAGUUACUACUAUGGAAGGGAUAGAUCAAGAAGUCAGUCCAGCAGUCGGUCUCACACUCCUUCUCGAGGAUCAGACAGAACACGAUCAGAGAAACCCAGUGGCAAAAGGAAAUACAAGACCCGUCACCUCGAGAGUAUGCCUAGAGGAAGUGAGGAAGCUGCUCCUUCUAAAAAAGAACUUGUGUUCGAAAAUCUUGUGCCAAAGCAUCAGGAUCCUUACAAAAGGACAGCUGACCUCUUGAACAGUCAGUCAGAAGCUGACAUCCCACAAAAGAAGACAAAAAAGACGUCAAGAAGCCCAAGUGUGGAGAUUGUUUAUGAAGGGACAGCCACAGACAUGACAAGGCGUCAGAAGAAGAAAAGAAAAUGGGACAGGAAGCCGCACGCAAACCAGGUGGGCUACUCUCCUGUUUCUUCGCCUGUUGUGAUUACUAUUGACAGUGACAGUGAUAAAGCUAGUGAAAUCCAGGAUAAUACUGAAUGUGACAGUAUCAUCUCCUGGAGUCCUUUGGGCCCAUUUCCUCCAAAUGAAAGGGAGACAGAGUCCCCAUCACUACUCUUGGAAGCCAGAGAUGGCAAAGACGUCAAAGCUGAUGAAGCUGAAAAUGUGGAGAAGGAACACAGUGUGACUCCCAGAAGGGACGAUGUAGGAGAUGAAACUCUAAGUGGCAUUGAGCCUCUAAAUGGAGUUGAAGAGUUGCAAGAUCCAGAUGGCAGGCAUGCACCUUCUGAGGCAGACAAUAACAAGGCUUCAUUUGAGCUGAGCAAUGGAGAAACUGAAUCUUUCCAUCACUCGCCACCCCACAAAGCGUCCUUGCUCUUACGCCUCUCGAAACAUCUUCAGGAACAUUCGUGUCAGUUGGACACGUCAAAACAAAAUCUAUAGCCUUGUAAACAAAAUGUUUUAUGAUAUGACUCUUUUUUAAAAAUAGGCUUUUCUGGAAAGCACCAAACCUUGUUUGUGUGCUAAGAAUGAUGAAAUUACUUCUGUGUGAAGUGUGUCAUCUUGAAUUUUUGUACUUCAAUCAAAAGGGUGCAAUAUUCCUCAUUAUUGCCACCCUCCCAUCUUUUGAAGACUGUAUGUUAGAUGUUUCUUGUGCCACAAAAAUAUUCUGUAUUUUCCCCUAUGUAAUAUAGACUUGCCAUAUCUCUCUUUUUUAAAACUUAGAAAAUAAGAUUUUUUUAAUGUGAAUUUUGGGGGGGGAACAAUUUUGCUUUUGUUUUGGGCUUAAUUUGUAAAGUUCAGUGUUAAGGAAACUUUUUUAAAAACAUGAACUUAGAAAACUUUUAUUGCUUUUAUAAAAAAUGAAAAUUGGAAAAAAAAACUUUUGCUAUAGGCUUCAUCUGUAUAGUUCACUGCUUUGUAUUAAGCCUUGGCCAUUUCUUUUCUAUCAGGGAUUUUUCUCUCUUUUUAAGAGGCCGAUCUGCCUUUCUGCUUUUUCUUUCUUCUCAAAGAAACACGCUUGCUGCUUCUCCCUCUUCUCUGCUGUGUCUCUUAAGCAUAUAUGUAAGGUUGAUGUAGGCUGUUAUUUAUGUACAUACUUCACAAAAGUUUUACAAUGAAGACUUUGUGAAAAUUCUUUGAACUGUACUCUCAAAUAAAGAUUAAUUUAUUUUUCUU